AUGAUAUGCAUGAACCUCCUCAUCUGGUCCCGACCGCAGUUUGACGCGGCCAGGGUCCUCAAGAUUCCCAAGCGAAAGGGCCAGGGCAGCUGUACUGGGGACCGUGUUGGUGUCACCGAUGAACAAAAUGGAGUCAAGCGCAAUGGUGUGGCAGUCGCCAGUCCACGUCUCGAACAAAUUGGAGUGGAUGCCGAAUUUGAUUACAUCUGGCAACGGUUCCCUGUGGAUGCGCCCUUCUUGGAGAGGUUCUGCUGGGCUGCAGAUGCCGUGCUGAGCCCAAGAGGUGCAGGCUGGAACUGGUCCAUCUCCUCUAUUCCGCGACCAUACAUCCCUCGGCAUGCCCGGGACGGAGAACGGGUCGUCAUGGAGGCCGUCCCACGAGUUACCAAGAGCGGCUUCCAGCGUUGUCUUUCCGAGACAGAGUUUGUGUAUACCAGGUUCAACACUAUUAUACGCUCCUACAUUGUCCUCGACCUCGUUUCGAUUCUGAUGGAACAAGAUUUUUACUUCGCUGUUGGUCCUGGCGAGUCCCACCAACGACCGCUGCUCCCGCGAUAUCUUCAGGUCUUGCCGCGGUGGCUGCUUACCGGCUAUCGAGUCAAUCUGUCUCUGGUCGCUUGCCUAAGUCACAUCUCAUUUGAAUAUAGCAUCAUUGACCUGAUGCAGCAUUGGACUAUGAGAACAUUGUUUCCAUCACGCAGUGGAUUAUGGAUGCACGCAUCGGCAUUUGGGUCGUUUUCGCAGGUGCUCGAUCGAGGCCUCGCCGGGUGGUGGGGAGAUUACUGGCACCAGACGUUUCGUGUGCCCUUUCUCGCGCCGGCAACGUUCCUCAUCAGGGAGGGCUACAUAAAACCGGGCACCGCGGCGGCCGACGCUGUUGCCAUAUUCGUCAGCUUUUUCCAGUCUGGCCUGCUCCACGCCUCGGGCAGCUUGUCGUCGGUGGCCAACACCAAACCAUGGCGGCCUCUGCUAUUCUUCCUCAUCCAGGCAGUGGGAAUUAUUGUAGAGCGUGCCGCAAACAAGUGGCUGCGGCAGCAUCUGCCACCCCUGCCAAAGAGACUGCAAAGAGCCGCCAACUUGGGGUGUGCGCUGGCCUCGCUCUUUUUUGCGGGAAUGCUCUACUUUAGCGAUGUCGCCUCCGCGGGAUUAUGGACACCAAGACCGGUUCCCUUUUCCUUGUUUCGAGGUUUCGCGCCCGGUCUCCGCCGGUUCGGCUCUUCUGAGGAUACUUAG